CCACACUGACGCAACGACUUUUCUUUAAAAACGUUCUGAGACCCGGAAGUGGCGUCGCACGGCGGAGAACAGUGAAGCCAGUGACCAAAGUUUCCAGUUUUCUAUUAUGUAAACCCGUGUCAGCUAAGAGAAAAUAUUUGUAAUUAAACACAGAACAAUACGAUAUAUCUUUGGCUGACAAUUUAAAGAUAGUCAUGGCUGACAUUAACUUACGAACAGUGUUCGCGCAAACAACGGUUACGCUUUCUUCAUUGAUCGGUGACGUUUUCUCGAUAAUUGGUUCUCAGUACUUGUGUUUUUAUGCUAUGAGCUAAAUAUGUGCGUAACAGUCAUGUAACAAGCGAUGAAGGGAGAAAACCCCGGAGGCAGCAUUGGACUAGUCGACCACAUGUCAGGGCUGUUCUAAACUUUUUUUUUCUUUUUAUGGAGAGAAAGAUCGAAGAGGACGCAGCGUCUCGCGAGGAAGACGGAGACCACGCUCCUCGUGGGACCCUCAGCAGGUCAGAGGAUGGAGAUGAUGGCGUUACACCUGAUUGCCACGCGUCAAGUGAAGCGUCCCAAAAUAUCCGGGUGCCCGGCGCCUUGCUGGCUUGUGUGGGGCGUCGUGCGCCUGGGGGCGAAGCUGAAGCCGUGGGACCAGAGAGGGAGGCUUCCCCCGUGGACACUUGCGAUCGCUCCAUCUCAAGCCUGUCCUCCUCUUUCUCGUCAGUUUUCCACCCUAACUCGUCCUCGUCUUCCUCCUCUUCCCCCGGCCCCGUCCUGUCUCUGACACCCCCCUUGCCCCGCUCCGUGGAGCUGUCGGCGGUGCUGACAGAAACAAGGCUGACCCUGGAUGUGUACCUGGGAGGAGCAGCCGCCUUGCCCUCCUUAUGGGGGUCUGUCCCUGAGCAGCUGAGGGGCCUCCGGUACCUGAGACUGGGCUCCGAGGAUGAAGCUGGGCUCGGCGCGGCACUGGAGGUCCUUCCCCGUCUGACUGGGCUCCGCUCACUGGCUAUCCGGGGGCGCUGCCUUUGCGACCCACGAGGGGAUCCCCUGCCGGGCCUCCUCACCGCUCUGCCAGAUUCAGUGUCAGCUCUGUCUCACCUCCAACACAUAGAUCUCUCCUUCAACCGGCUCACCUGUGUGCCGCCGUGCCUGCUCCUGCUGCCGGCGCUGUCCACCUUGCUCCUCUGUCACAACCGCGUCUCGGCUUUGCCCCCCGAUCUGGGCCGGCUGUCGUCUCUGACCUACCUGUCCCUGAUGGGGAAUCGGUUGCCGUCUGUUCCCCCGAGCGUGGGCCGGCUGAAGGCGCUGCAGAGGCUCGACGUGUCGCGCAACGCUCUCCAGCAGCUGCCUGAUGAAAUCGGUUCCCUGGGGCAGCUUGUUCGGUUGGAGUUGUCUAACAACAAGCUGACACGGCUGCCGGAGAGCAUGGGCUCUCUUCUUUCUCUCAGGGAGCUGGUCAUCUACGGCAAUGACCUCCGGGUGAUCCCAGACUGCCUGAACAAACUCCCUCUGCUUAAGAUGGACGUCCGCGACAAUCCUUUGGGAAAACCGCCGACGCCGCCUCCUUUGCCCCCCAUCGAUCACACACAGACAGAAAUCCCACAGGUUCACCUUGGAUUCAACCAGCACAGCUUCUUUGUGUCGUCCGCCGGCUGCCACGCGUUCCUCCCCGGGGGAGCGGAGCUGAUUUUCCCCCCGGGAUGCCUGCCGACGCUCACCAAGCUGAGGUGGGCCGAGAAAAGGCCGGACACCAAGUGGGUGUGGCUGGAGGAGCACGACGUCCUGCUGAGCCGUCCGCUGGAACUUCGUCCUCACGGAGUUACGUUCCUAAAGCCUGUGGAGGUGUGUGUGCCGUAUCAUCGGACCAGACGAGGGGAGGUGGUGAUGCGCACCUUUGAUGGACAGUCCUGGAGCACUCUGCCCACUGAGCUGAGGAGAGGAAGCGAGGAGCAUAGUUGUCAUCCGGGGGGACGUCCGGCCAGGCUGGCAUGUUCCUCUGUGAGCCACUUCUCCUGGUUUAUGGCCGUGUGCAGACCUGUACGGGACACUUGCUCCGUUACCCCGGCGGGAGCCCUUCUGGUGUCCAGCUCUGACCCUGGAGUAAAGCUUCACUUCCCUCCUGACUCCACGGUGCAGACUCGCACUAUAACCUUACAGGUGCUGCAGGUGUCUGGGUUAGAGUUGCAGGCUCUGUGCGGUGAUCCUCAGGCCAGCGCCAGCCCCCUCCUCUGCCUCUCCCAGACUCCCACCUUACAUUUCCUGCAGCCAGUUAAAGUGCAAAUCCCUCUGCCGCCGGGAGUCACAGGGCACACAGCGGAUUUGUCCCGACUGCAUCUGCUUCACGGAGAUCCCACGGCCCAGACCUGGACCGACAUCACGCAACACGCGUCUCUGUAUGUCACCCAUCUGUACGCCAUUUUCUACAUUACACACUUCUCCUGGUACUGGCUGUGGUACACCACACAGCGCUGUGUCAGCGGUGUGGUCAGAAAGGUCUAUCAACGUCUAAAGCAGUUUAAGGUCCAGUUCCUCGUCCUCCAGCGGAAGACGGAUCCCGCUCAGGUUCUGCUGCAGUGCCUCCCCGCUAACAAGAUGGAGGGCAGAGUUCAGUCUUUGUCGGAGCAGUACGACGGGCCGCAGCCCUCAGACCUGUGCGACCUGCUGGAAGGAGAGCAGUUCUUCGCUGGCUUUGAGAGGGGCCUAGACAUCGUCACAGACAGACCGGAUUGUGUUGAGGGGCGUCUGUGUUUUGUGUUUUACUCCAGUCUGAAAAAUGUGAAGGAGGUCUACGUCUGUCCUGCUCGGGGACAAAAAGGAGCGGUGAGGGGACAGGUGUCGUUUUACAGAGGGGACGUUCCCAGUAAUCUGCCAGAGGAAGUAGCCAGAAAGAGGAAAGGACCUGACACCCAGUGGCUCGCCACUUUGCCUUUAAGACUUCCUGCUCUAAAUUCAGAGAACGGUUUUACGACGGAGGAGCUCCAGUAUCCUCCCCUGAACCUGGGAGACCCAGAGAGUGGCUACCUUACGGAGGCCAACCUGCUGUCCAUUUCUCUGCAGAUCGGACAGGACUGGCGGGUUAUCGGUAUCAACCUCGGGAUGAGCUAUGAAGAGUUGGACCGCAUACAGUACAAAUACAGAGACAACCUGGGCGCCUUAGUGCUGGACAUGCUGUUUCACUGGGCCCGGGGACAGAGGAACGCAGGACCUGGGUCGGUGUCCAGGCUCGUGGCCGCCAUGGUCGAAAGCGGCAGGAGGGAUCUGGCGGAGGAGAUCGAGGACAUAGUCAGUCUUGGAAGGAGAAAGUACACAGAGUCGCUGAAGAGAGUUGGUCUGGAAGCAGAGAGCUCGUCUCUCGGGGAGGCUCAGCAGUAGACGAGCCCACACUGGGCCCAGGUGGCUGGUUUACACUUGAGUAACCCGCUCGUUUCCGCCGAGGCCCCGGUCAUCCUGUCUGAGUCUCUGAUCGACCGCCAUAACGCACAAAACCCACUCAGAGACCCCCGCCACCAGCUGGUGGAGCUUUUUAUAAGACUUUUUGUAAACCAAGUGGAUGGGCUGAAUCAGGACCUGUUGCAUGGUUCUGCUGGCAAGCUGAAGAUAAUUUAUAAAGCUACCUGCUAUAAUUUAUUGGAAUUUUGUAUACAUUUUAUAUAACAUUGAUGUGUAAAUAUUUAGACUGUAGGAUCCUACAGUUUCUUCUGAAGAAUUUUAAACUGGUACCUAACAUUGCCGAAGAACAUCUUGAACGAAACAUGGGAUUAAGACGAUCUUGGUUUUCCUAAAAUUAUGAUGGUAAUAAUAAAAAAGAAAAUACUCCAAUGCAAUUGACCAAACGUGUGCAUGUAUAUAA